AUGGAGACAGCUUUCAACGGAGACCGCAAACGGCCGCUCGAGAGCAUCAAGCCGGAGGACGAGGACGUGCCCGCGAGCCUGGUCAUUGUGCCGGAGCGCGAGCCGCAAUUGGCGUACGUGCCCCUGAAAACGGGUCUUUGCUACGACGUGCGCAUGCGGUACCAUGCCAAGAUAUUCACGUCCUACUUCGAGUACAUCGACCCGCACCCGGAGGACCCGCGCCGGAUCUAUAGAAUAUACAAGAUCCUGGCCGAGAACGGGCUCAUCACCGACCCGACGCUGUCGGGACGCGACCAGAUAGGAGAUCUCAUGGUGAAAAUUCCUGUUCGCGAGGCCAGCGCAGAGGAGAUUCUGCUUGUGCACACGCCGGAGCAUCUGCGGUUCAUAGAGAGCACGCAGCAGAUGACCAAGGAGGAGCUCAUGGCGCACACGGAGAAGGGCGACUCUGUCUACUUCAACAACGACUCGCUGCUGAGUGCCAAGCUCUCGUGCGGAGGAGCCAUCGAGGCGUGCAAGGCCGUGGUGGAGGGCCGUGUGAAGAACGCGCUGGCGGUGGUGCGCCCGCCGGGCCACCACGCAGAGCCCGACGCGCCGGGCGGGUUCUGCCUGUUUUCGAACGUGGCUGUCGCCGCUAAGAGCAUUCUCGCGAGCUACCCAGAGUCGGUGCGCCGGAUCGUGAUAGUGGACUGGGACGUGCACCACGGCAACGGCACGCAGAAGGCGUUUUUCGACGACCCGCGCGUGCUGUACAUCUCGCUCCACAGAUACGAGCACGGCAAGUACUACCCGGGCACCAAGGCCGGCGGCGCGGACCAGGUCGGUUCUGGCGCGGGCGAGGGCUUCAACGUCAACAUCCCGUGGCCGGUGGGCGGCGUCGGCGACGCAGACUACAUCUACGCGUUCAACAGGGUGAUCAUGCCUGUGUGCCACGAGUUUGCGCCCGAUCUCGUGAUCAUCUCGUCUGGCUUCGACGCGGCCGACGGCGACAUCAUCGGCGGGUGUCACGUGUCGCCCGCCGGGUACGGCCACAUGACCCACGCGCUCAAGAGUCUCGCCAAGGGCAAUCUGUGCGUCGUUCUGGAAGGAGGCUACAAUCUGGACGCGAUCGCCAGCAGCGCGCUGCGCGUGGCCAAGGUGCUGCUGGGCGAGCCGCCCGAGGAGCUCAGGUCGGUGCAGCUGAAAACAGAGACGAUCGAGGUGAUCGACGACGUGAUCAAGAUCCAGUCGCAGUACUGGAAGACGCUCAAGCCGGGCUACGACGGCCAGGACUUCUCGAAGCCCAAUAUCAUGGGCGACUACGACGGGCUCGUGGAGAAGCUGGGCGCGGUGUCGUUUGAGGAAAUGGCCGGCAAGGGGCUCAAAGUCAGCGACGCGAUCCGCGCGUACCAGAAGGAGGAGCUUUUCGAAAAACGACAUUUUGUGCCGCUUCCGGUUCUCACCGAAAAACUGCCGCAUUCGUUCUCGCUCAGAGACCUGGCGCUGUGCUCGCCCGACGUUUACGAGGCAGACAAGCUCGUGGUUGUUGUGCACGACUCGGCGCGCGUGUGGGCCCGCAGAGACCCGGUGACCGGCACGCUGGACUCGGCGUCGGCGGUCGUGGUGGACCAGUCUUUGCGGUUCCUGGACUGGGCGAUUGAGCAGCACUACGGCGUCGUCGACAUCAACGUGCCGCUGGCCAUCUCUGGCGCCGAGGACGCGCAGUACAACAACAUCAGCUCCGCGCAGGACGUGCUGCUGUAUCUGUGGGAUCACUACAUCCAGUACUUCAAGGUGAGCAAGAUGGCGUUUGUGGGUGUUGGCGACGCAUACAACGGCGUGGUGCACCUGUGCGGCCACCGCGACGUGCGCGGCCUGGUCAAGUGCUCGGUGAACUAUCUGGACCGUGCGACCGCGUUGCGCGCGAUCGUCUCGUCGAUCGACGAGUCGGUGGUCGACUGGUUCUACCAGAACUCGCUCGUGUUCACGGCGACAAAACACCCGUGCUGGGGCGACGUGGAGAAGAACGGGAGCAGCAAGCGGCCGCGCAAGAAGUACGGCCGUGUUCUGCGCGCCGACGUGGAAGGACUGGACAAUAUCAUCGAGGAGAGGCUGGAGGAAGGCUGCGACUUCAUUCAGGACUCGUUGGAGGACUACGAUAGCGAUAGCGAGUGA